AUGUCGACUUUAGACAAUCCAAACCCCGUAAUAUUCUCUGCGAAGAAGGAGGCAAAGCGAGAAAAUGUGGGACUCUGGCUGGAUUCGGCUAUAGUGGAUGACGACGUACCGGAUGCGGCCGCCUCUUUUGCUGAAGACGAUGAGAGAGAGGCCAUCGAUGAGAACGAAGUUUUCGGCAGGUAUUCGUUUUAUUUGUUGCGUUCCAUAACCGAUCCCGAACAUCCAACAACAACCCUGGAGCAGCUCGGUGUCGUGUCUGCUGAUCAAAUCAAAGUAACUGCGGGCCAUGUGAAUGUACAAUUCACACCAACCGUGCCACAUUGUGGCAUGGCUACCCUUAUCGGUCUGUCCAUGCGAGUCAGAUUGCUCAGGAGUUUGCCAAGUCGCUACAAGGUUGAUCUGAGCGUGAAGGAAGGGACGCAUCAAAGCGAAAAUGCUGUGAACAAGCAACUCAAUGACAAGGAGCGAGUGGCAGCUGCGUUGGAAAACCCUGCUCUUCUUAAAGUUGUCAAUGAUUGUCUCUCGACUGCUGGUUUGAGAGGAGCAGAAUUAAUAAAGGAACCAGUAUGA